AAAAAAAUCUCAUCGUGAGCCCACUUCUCACGUUCAUUCGCUGUAUGUCUUUGCCAGCUCAGCUUCGGACAGAACUCCCCAGACAUCCCAUGAUCCCAUCCCUUCUCUCUGACUUGCUUUUUUCAGACACCAAAAUCCCACCGCACAAAACCAAAGCCAAAGUCAUGUCAGACGACGAAAGUGGAGGAGAAGAGUACCUUUUCAAGAUAGUAAUAAUUGGAGAUUCAGCAGUCGGCAAAUCCAACCUCCUUUCACGCUAUGCUCGAAAUGAAUUCAACCCACAUUCCAAGGCCACCAUAGGAGUUGAGUUUCAGACCCAAAGCAUGGAACUCGAUGGCAAAGAAGUUAAGGCUCAGAUUUGGGAUACCGCUGGUCAAGAAAGGUUCCGUGCUGUCACUUCUGCUUAUUACAGAGGCGCUGUUGGUGCUCUUAUUGUUUAUGAUAUUAGCAGGAGAACCACCUUUGAUAGUGUCGGUCGGUGGCUUGAUGAACUCAACACUCAUUCUGAUACGACAAUAGCAAGGAUGUUGGUUGGAAACAAAUGUGACUUGGAAACUAUCAGGGAUGUGAGUGUUGAAGAAGGCAAAAGCCUCGCUGAAGCGGAAGGGUUGUUCUUCAUGGAGACAUCUGCUUUAGAUUCAACAAAUGUCAAGAAGGCUUUCGAGAUUGUUGUACAAGAGAUUUACAACAAUGUCAGUAGGAAGGUCCUCAACUUGGAUACUUGCAAAGCUGAAUUAACCAUCAAUCGGGUAACCCUUACUAAAAGUGAAACUGAUGGAUCAAAGCAAACCCAAAUUUUUUCUUGCUGUUCCAGGUGAUCUCUUUCAUUCAGAAAGCGUACAAGUCAGGCCCUUCCCAUGGUUUGUUAGUUCAAUUUGGUUGGUUGAUUUGUCUGUUUGCUAGUUUUCUCAAUGCAUAUGUCUUCAGGGAUUCAU